CCAAUAGAUCGUGUGAAGUAUGUUCGCGAUUUGAGAAUAUAAACGUGCGGUUUGCGAAGGCCGCGGUUUGCGUCGACGCAGCGUCGGUCCCGGCUGGGGAAGUUGGCAGAGGCGCGCGCGCGUCUCUCCGCGAUGCUCCCGUGAUCGCGCGGUCGCUGCCAGUACAACCUUGCGCGCCCUGAGGACAUGUCGAUGUUAUGGAUUACCAAUGCGUCGUCGUGUACACCGUCAUCAACAUCGCGCCGCCCAAACUCACGGCGCAGGCAACGGAAUUCUCCAACGGUUGUGUCACUUGGUUCAAAAAUAAAAUCAAGAGGGCGGUAGCGGUGUAUUUGCAUUCGCUGAAACUGACGCCGAACAAUGGCUUCAUACACGGAAACCUUGCGUGCAUUUACUACAAACAAGGCCUAAUCGACCUAGCUAUAGACACAUAUCGCCGUGCUAUAGAACUCCAGCCCAAUUUCCCAGAUGCGUACUGCAAUCUGGCUAAUGCACUGAAAGAAAAGGGCCAUGUCGUGGAAGCUGAGGAGUGCUAUAACAUGGCUUUACGAUUAUGCCCCUCACAUGUUGAUACACUCAACAAUCUCGGUAACGUUAAGAGAGAACAGGGCAACAUAGCCGAGGCUAAGAAAUUAUAUAUGAGGGCUUUGGAAGUGUUCCCUAACUUUGCCGCAACACACAGCAAUUUAGCCUCGCUUUUGCAGCAGCAAGGUAAACUACAUGAAGCGUUAAUACAUUACAAACAAGCUAUCAACAUUCAACCCAAAUUUGCAGAUGCUUACAGUAAUAUGGGAAACACCCUGAGAGAACUGCAAGACAUUACGGGUGCACUCGUAUGUUUUAAAAAAGCCAUACAAAUCAAUCCAUCUUUUGCAGAUGCUCAUUGUAAUCUAGCAAGCAUUCACAAAGAUAUGGGAAACAUCACUGAAGCGAUAGAUUCUUACAGGAAUGCUUUAGAGUUGAAAACAGAUUUUCCCGAUGCUUACUGUAGUUUGGCUCAUUGUUUACAAAUAGUCUGUGAUUGGGACGAUUACGAAGAGCGGAUGGCUAAUAUUGUUGCAAUUGUUGAAGACCAAUUAAAGAGUGAUAAGUUAUCUUCUGUACAUCCACAUCAUUCCGUUUUAUAUCCACUAUGUAACAAAGCUAGAAAAGAAAUAGCUGUUAGGCAUGCAAACUUGUAUGCCGAAAAAGUAGAAAUGCUGGGUGAGCAUGUAAGUUUUUCGUACCAAAAAGAAAAAAAGAGUGAAAGAUUGCGAGUUGGCUACGUAAGUAGUGAUUUUGGUAAUCAUCCUACAUCACAUUUGAUGCAGUCAAUUCCGGGAUUGCAUGAAAAAUCAAAAGUGGAAUGCUUUUGCUACGCUUUAAACCCAGAUGACGGUACAACAUUCCGUAGUAAAAUAGCGAAAGAGUCGGAACAUUUCUAUGAUUUAUCAAAAGUUACAUGUAAUAUUGCAGCUGCAAAGAAAAUCCAUAAUGACGGUAUUCAUAUUUUGGUAAAUAUGAAUGGUUACACAAAGGGUGCUAGAAAUGAAAUAUUUGCUUUAAAGCCAGCACCAAUUCAAGUCAUGUGGCUUGGGUACCCAGGCACAAGUGGCGCUGAGUAUAUAGAUUAUUAUAUAACAGAUGAAAUUUCUUCACCUCUUGUAAUGAAAACUGAUUUUACUGAAAAAUUCGCUUUCAUGCCACAUACUUAUUUUGUUGGAGAUCACCACCAAAUGUUUCCACAUUUGAAAAUCAAUUAUAAAGUUAAUACAAAUGACAAUGACUCGUACGAUUUUAAUGAAGCUUUAAUUAAUGCAGCUGAAAAUAUCAAUAUUAAAGAAACUCUUAGUGUAAAAGAAAAAAAAGAAAUUAUUCAUUAUGAACAAAAGCCACCUAUAGAAGAAAUCGUAAGAAAAGUUAACAUUCAAAGUUAUGUUAUGGAAAUGACAAUGAAUUCUAGACAAUUGCAGGUGCUAGUAAAUGGUGCGACGAUUGACAAUGGUCUAUCCAUACAUCAUAGUAACAAAAAAGUAGCAUCGGGUGAAGAGACAUAUGACAAUAUUAUAUUUACAUCGCGGAAACAAUACGGUCUUCCGAACGACGCAAUUAUAUACUGUAAUUUUAACCAAUUAUACAAAAUUGAUCCAUCCGUUAUGAAAAUGUGGAUUAACAUUUUGAAAUUAGUGCCAAACAGUGUUCUUUGGCUACUGAGUUUUCCUCCUGCUGGAGAACCUCAUGUUAAAAAAUAUGCUCAAAAUUCAGGGUUAUCACCUAGUCGAAUCGUAUUUUCUCGUAUAGCGUGCAAAGAAGAACAUGUUCGUAGAGGGCAGUUAGCUGAUGUUUGUUUGGAUACCCCGCUAUGUAACGGCCAUACAACUGCAAUGGAUGUUUUGUGGGCAGGAGUCCCACUCGUCACACUGCCGGGAGAAACACUAGCAUCAAGAGUUGCUGCUUCACAAUUGAACACAUUGGGGUGUUCUGAGCUUAUUGCAAACAGUCCAAAGGAAUAUCAAGAUAUUGCUGUAAAGUUAGGUCUAGACAGGCAAUAUUGCAGGUAUGUGAGAGCAAAGGUAUCUAAAGCCCGUUUGGAAAGCACACUAUUUGAUUGCAAACAUUACGCUCGUGGACUGGAAACUCUUUACGAAAAAAUGUGGAAACGAUAUGAGAAUGAUGAGCGACCCGAUCAUAUAAAGGCCUACUAAAUUACACGGAUCACUGUCUCGAGAAAAAAGCAAAAUGAGGAUAUGCGACAUGGAAAGAAUAUUCUGACAACGAAAUAAUUUCCCCCUUCUACAUCUACAUAUUCGAAUAGGUCCUCCGUCCAGACAAUGUCCAGAAAAAGUUCGAUUUUAUGAAAGUAGUUUUUAAAAUUGUCAUUAUUGUAAGUGCGCAAAUGAAUAAAACUCAAGUUUUCUUAAUCGUAUCUAAAUAUUUUAACGUCUUAGAUAAUAGUUAUAAGAACAUUAUUGAUGUGAUUAUCAAGAAAUUGUUUUGGGAUGAGUGUUUAAUGUUAUAUGCCGCAAUGAAAUUUUAUUCCAUUAUUAAAAACUUUCAAAAUAAAGACAGA